UCCUUAUCCUGCAAGUCGACAGAGUUCCAACCCCGCCCGAUAACAGCGACAAUGGUUAUAAAACACGCGUCCCUAAAUUGGAGAGUUAGAGACUUUCUAAAAAAAUGUUAUCUUUGUAAUGCGGAAGGACGGGCCAAAUUAUUUCAACAACAUGAUAGAAAUUUAAGUCGAUAGCGUAUUAUCUAUUAAAGUGACUAGACACAAAGAGCCCCGUUACUUUAUUUAGAUAUAAAACCGUUACAAUACUUCCGGUUUGUACACUUCUGUCUCUGAAACAACAUGGUGACGACCCCUAACUGUAGAGGAUGACGUAGGCACCGCAUUGGCGCGGAAGUUUGUUUUGUAACUUGUGGCAGAGGCUGAGCUGAGUUCAUCUGUCCAUGAAAAUGAUGCGUAAAAAGAAACGUUCCUCUGUGGAUAAAGACGAAGCUACCACAGCAACUAAGGCAAAGAAGAGUCGUAGCACUGGUCGCCAACCAAAGGAAGCAGCUCCAGAAGAGACCAAUCAGAGUGUCUUUGGCGUCUUUCUGCGAGAGGCAGGUGUCACCUUAAAACAAGGUGGCACAUCCAAUGAGAUUGCUGUGGACCAAGUCGUUUUCCAAAAACGGAUACAAAAAAAACUACAGAAGAGUCCCAGAUACCCUGGGAUUGUGCAGGAAUUCACCACUGGACUGGAGUCUCAUAUUGAGGAUGCUGAGCGGUUUAGGAACUGCCUCCUUCCUUGUGUCCCGAGAUUGUCCGAUGGAGACUCUGGUUCUGUCAGCUCAUUCCAGGAAAGUCUGCUACGUAUGUUGAUGGGGAUUGAGAUGCUGCAGAAAUACAUCAUUAACGUUUUGCUCGAGAAACUCCCUGAAUUUAUGCUUGAUGGUCCUGGAGAAGGAGGGCUCAGUGUUCCUCGCAUAAUUAUAAACCAGCUUAAAUGGCUGGACAGAGUUGUGGACAGCAAGGAGCUGGCUGUGAAGCUCAUGGAGCUGGUGUCAGUAGCACCAGUGGAAGUUCAGCGUGACAUCAUCACCAGUCUGCCAGAGAUACUUGAAGACUCCCAACAUGACGAUAUAGCCGGAGAGCUCAACACUUUACUCAAGGAGAACACUCAGUUGACAGUCCCCAUUCUAGAUGCCCUCUCAAGCCUGAGUCUAAGCUCUUCAUUGCUAAUUGAGGUCCGUGGAGCUGUUAUGGCAACUUUGGCUGCCGUGCAGCUGGACGACCUCCCUGUUGUGGUCAAGUUCAUCCUCCACUCUGUCUCAGCCUCUGAUGCCUACGAGGUGGUGUGUAGUCUUCGUAAAAAGCUGGAGUUGGAGCAGUGUGUUCUCCCUCCUGUGUCAAAGUGCAAAGGAUCAGGAGCGUCUGCCUCCACACCAGCAGCUGGCAGCAGUCAGGACAGUGUUACAUUGGUAUUAGAUGGGAUCAAGUCUGCAGUGCGAUUCCAGAAAACAAUAUCUGAGGCUUGGCUCAAGGCAAUCGAAUCUGUGGAUGAAGUAGAGGACCAUAAGGUCAUAGAUCUGCUGGUGCUGUUCAUCCUCCACUCCACUAAUGCAAACCAGAGUCGACGGGGUGCGGAGAAGCUACUAAAGGUGAAAGUGAGGACUGGACUGAUCCAGGAGACUCUGCUUCAAAAGACCUUCAGGGACUAUGCUCAGGUUAUGCGAGGGUAUUUCUCCUCCAUCCUGGCUCUGGCUCAGGGUCUGCUGCGCUCCCCUGACCCCUGUGUGGUCCCUUUUGGUGGACACAUGUACCGACACUCAUUCACUGCCUUUGAUUCCUACAGCCGGCAGGAGGUGGUUGGUGCUUUAGUGACCCAUGUGUGUAGUGGUUUGGGUGGGGAGGUGGACAUGGCUCUGGAGCUGCUCUGUGGUCUAGUAACAGAAAAGCCCUCAGAAAUGGCGGUGUAUGCUGUUUUUGUUAAGGGAAUCUUGGACUACAUGGAAAACCUCAUGCCUCAGCAGAUCCGCAGACUCUUCCACCUCCUGAGCAGACUGGCCUUCGGGCAGCAGCAACAAGGAUCUCAUAUCCAGGAUGACAUGCACAUAGUGAUCCGUAAACAGCUGUCCAGCACUGUACCCAAGUACAAACGUAUCGGCAUCAUUGGUGCUGUUAUGAUUGUAGGCAGUAUGGGGGCCAGCAGGGUAAAACUGAAGGAGUCACAGAAUGGGUCGUUAUCCCAGGAGACUCUCAGACAGGUGUCAGCUCUGUUGGAGCUUGUGAAGUCGAGCAGUGAGAGCUCACCUGAGGCUGCAGCUCUGUACUAUGAUGAACUGGCCAACCUGAUUCUGAGCUCCACCCUGGACCCUCAGGUGUUGGAAAUGAUCGCAAAGAGUGUCCUGGAUGACUUCCAGAACGACUUUGUAGUGGAUUUAGGCCCAGAUAUUUCAGGAUCGUUUCCCUUCCCGGUCUGCUUUAUGUACAACCUCGACGAGGACGAGAGUCAGGGUGGCAUUGCUAUCAACCUGCUACCUCUCCUGGCCAAAGACAUCCAGAGCAAAAGAGAGCAGCAGAGUCAGAAUGAGAAGGCGCAAAGGCGAGUGUCUCCUCUGUGUUUGUCUCCAUUUUUCCGCCUCCUGAGACUCUGUGAGGAGAAACAGCACCAGGGAGACCUCGAGGAGAUUGACGCCCUGUUAGGCUGCCCUGUGAUCCUGACAGACAUGGAUGUGCUGGAGAAGACUGAGAGCCUGUCUAAAACAGAGCGGGAAUUUCUCUGUACACUGCUCUUUCACACCAUCAACUGGUUUAGAGAGGUCGUCAAUGCAUUCUGCAGACAGAAAGAUAUCGAGAUGAAGAUGAAAGUGAUGACUCGUCUGCAGAACAUCACCUACCUUCAGACGCUGCUGGAGAAGGCGUUGGCAGGAACACCUGGCUAUGUUCCACCCAUCGCUAACUUUGACGGAGAAAGCCCCGAUGCUGUCAUUCAGAGUUCCACUGCUCCUGUAAUUAAGACGAAGAAGGAGGGCACAGGGAAGAAGAGGAAGGCCCCUGGCAGGAAUUCCUCAGAGAACAGCUCUCAGCUUGAUGAGACGACUGAUGCAGAUAAAACUAUGCAGGAGCAACCAGAGAAGGAAAAAGAAAAGGAGAUCCGGCAAGGAGUCAGUCUAGUGUCCUACAGGCAGUUUUUCAGGGAGCUGGACAUGGAGGUGCUGAGUGUGCUGCAGUGUGGCUUGCUCAGCCGCUCAGUGUUGGACUCUGAGCUCCAAUCCAAGGUGCGAGAGGAAGUUCUUCUGGGUCCCGCCGAGCUGCUUUUCCUACUGGAGGAUAUGCUGCGCAAACUGGAAUUCAGUCUUACAGCUGCACCGGCCAAGAGAGCCCCUUUCCUCAAGGGGAAGACUGAUAAGAGCGUGGGCUUCUCCCAUCUACAACAGAUGAGCUCCAAAGAUAUCUCCUCCUGUUGCGUCCAGCUGCUGCCCACCCUCUGCUCACAUCUGGAGAAUUGCCACAACCAUUUUCAGACCCUGCUGUCUGAGAACAAUGGCAUUGUGGAUGGACCUGCCACAGAUGCUCAGGAGCACCAGCUGAUGUCAUCAGCCUACCAGCUGCUCCUGCAGGUCUUGAACACCACUUUCAGCUGGUCUGGAUUCAACCUGCCAGGGCAGCGAAGCUUACUGAAGAAGGCCCUGGGAGUUUUGGCUGGACGAAUCAAAGAGGGAGGUGCGGAGUUACCCCUGGACCAGCUGGUGAAACACAGCUUUGAGUACCUGGUGAACUUCAGAAGCACAAUGCCGAGUCUCAGCACUGCUCUGUGCCUCUCCCAGCUCCUGUCCACUGUGUCAGAGAAAGGAGGGAACCCUGCUGCCUACAGAGAGCAGAGAGCUUCCCUUGCAAAACAUUUCCUCGGCCAAGAGUGGGUGACAGCCAGCGGUGAGAGGGAGCGGGGGACCAAAUUCAAUGAUACACUUUACUCUCUCCUAAGCAUCUACCUGGAGCAUGUGGAUGAUGUUCUGAAGGCAGUGGAGGAGAUAGCAGGAGAAGGAAUCACUGAGCUCAUUAAUGCAGCCAAAGAUGAGAGCUCUGCAACAUGGCCCACACUCAACAGGCAGACAUUCCUGGUCUUCUAUAAAGUUUUGAUGGGCGAGCUGGAAAAAGCUGCCAGGAAGAUUCCUCCUUUUAAAACCAGUGACAGCACUGAGGCUCAGAGUGAAAAGCUGCUGACAUGGAACCUGGCUGUCCGAGAUUUUCACGUCCUCGUCAACUUAGUUAAGGUGUUUGAUUCCAGACCGGUGCUCAAUGUGUGCCUCAAGUAUGGUCGCCUCUUCCUGGAGUCUUUCCUUAAGUUGGGGAUGCCGCUGCUAGACAACAGUUUCAAAAAACACAAGGAGGAUGUUCAGAGUCUUCUGAAGACCUUCCAGCUCAGCACCAGACAGCUCCAUCACAUGUGCGGGCAUUCAAAGAUCCAUCAGGACAUGAGCCUGACCAACCACGUACCUGCUUUGAAGAAGAGCCUGGAGCUGUUUGUCUACAGAGUCAAGGCCAUGCUGACACUUAACAACUGUCAGGAGGCUUUCUGGAUCGGCAACCUGAAGAAUCGAAACCUAAAGGGUGAAGAGAUUCUUUCUCAGAUGUCACAAGGAAGUGAUGAUGAGGAAGAGGGGCAACAAUCACCGGCGCCUCAGGAGCAGUCAGAGAAUGAGGAGUCUGACUCGGAGGAGAGAAGGACGGUCAACAGAGGGAAAAGUAUGAUUGAAGAUGAUGAUUCGGAUGAUUCAGACUAACAGAAAGAUGAACUCUGUUUGUUUCAUUGUAAAGUGAACUCUGUCAAUGUCUUAUCUGUGGAUCACAUGUUCAAUUUUAGAUUCCAGGAGACAUGUUUUGUUGUAUUUUGUGAUGUAUAAAAUGUUGCUAUUCAAUAUGCACUCUGAGAUUAAUCAAAUAAUUCAAGUAAUUUGCAUUCUUACAUACGUGACAAUAACCUAAGGCACAGGAGAAAGAUUCAGAAAGUGCAUAUCCCUGUUUAAGAUAAAACAAGUAAAGAAAUGGAAGUCUAAUUUUCCAGAUAAGGUUCUGUUUUUGUUUUGCUGUCUGUUUUGUUCCAUUUGUUUGCCAACAGAAUAAAAUAUUGAUGUUAAAGAGA